AUGCCGACCAGAGAAAAAAAACUCAUGUUCGGAGCUGCUUUUUUAACCAGUGUUUUAUCUUUCGUGAUCGUUUGUGCCGUUCUCGGAACCCAGAGAUGGAUCAGCAGCACAGUCGACUUUUCCCGAACAAACGGCACCAUUUCGGUGACCGUCACCUACGGACUUUUCAGCGGCACCUGUGCCCAGACCUUCCAAGCCGGAGUUCAGGUUUCAGACUCUACUUUCCAAGUUGCAGAAACGCUGAACAGCACCAGAACGAAAGGCAUCAACAUCACGAUUAUUGUGCUUCUGGUCCUCAGUUUACUGAGCUCCCUUCUGAGCUCAGGGUUUACAUUCACUAACGCUGUGAGCAAUCCCUACCAGACGUUUCUGGGACCCAUUGGAGUCUAUACCUGGAAUGCCAUAGGUGGGUUCUUCACGCUUGUAGUCAUGAUACUUUUUGCCGUGAACGUACAAGGCAACGACCUGUCUGUAGAGCUGGCCACCAAAUGUGCUUCUAUUCAAUCAAAUCAUAUCAAAUCUAAACACAAUUACGAUUAUUCCUACUGGAUCCUGCUGCUUCACAUUCUUUUUAGCUGUGGUACUAUAGUCAUCAUUUGUUUCUACAGCUGCGCAAGGUAUUCUAAGAAGAAAGAACAGGAAAGACCAAUUGAAAAUGCAUCAAAAGACGUCAUUCUCUUCUAA